GGUGCCGCGCUGAAAAAAUUCCGGGCGGGGCCGAGGGGCGGGAGCAGUCGGUUCCGCCCUUUCCCGGCGGCUCCACCUCCUCUUCCUCCGUCGCAGCAGGGUCCGAGAGGCGUCGAGAGAGAGACGUUGUCCAGCGAACGCCAUCAUGGAUCAGACCUUAGAUGAACCUCCCACUUCUGCCAUCUUCUUGGACAACUGCCACUUCUCCCAGGUUAUCUUUAAUAACGUGGAGAAGUUUUACGUCCCUGGAGGAGACAUAACCUGCUAUUAUACCCUCACACAGCACAUCACUCCUCGCAGAAAGGACUGGGUGGGCAUUUUCCGGGUGGGAUGGAAAACAACCCGGGAAUAUUACACUUUCAUGUGGGCUCCUUUCCCGGUUGACCUCAGCGGUGAUUCUAUCGUACAGCAGCAAAUUCAGUUUCGAGCCUACUACCUGCCGAAAGAUGAUGAAUAUUACCAGUUCUGUUACGUUGACGAGGAGGGGAUGGUCCGUGGCGCCAGUGUACCUUUCCAGUUCCAGGCAGAGACCGAGGAUGAUAUCCUGGUGGUUACUACACAGGGAGAAGUGGAGGAGAUUGAGCAACAAAACAAGGAUUUACUUAAAGAAAACAAGGAACUCAAGGAAAGCUGCCUGUGUCUCCAGAAGCAGAACCUGGGUCUGCAGGAGGAGCUCCGGCUGGCACAGGAGAAGAUGAAGGAACUAGAGGGAGAAGUCUGUUUCUUGCAGACUGGGAACUUGGAGCUGCGGAGAGCUCAGGAGCUACAGGUUGGAGAGACGAGCUCUGCCCAGAUGAAUUUGGCUUCAGUUAGGGAACAGAACCUAAAACUUGGAAAGGAAAAUAAGGAACUGCAGAAAGGAUUGGAGUCUCUGAAGAGCAGCUGUGAGAAGUUGGAGCUGGAAGGAAAUUUCUUGAAAGAGGAGAACAAGCGGCUGACGGAGCAGAAUGGCUGCAGAGAGAGAGAGUUGCAGCAAUUCAAAGAGCACAACCAAGAAGUGUCAUCUGAGAAGGAACAUCUGGAAAACAGAUUGAAAACUACCCUGGAUCACAUGGACCAGCUGCAGUCACAGGUGUUGAAUCAAGAGAAAGAAAUGGAAAGCGUGGUUCGGAUGGACCAUGACAAGACUGAGCAGCUGGAGCAUUUGAAGGAGGAGAAUCGUCAGUUACGCAUUACUUUGACUGAACAGCAUCAAAACCGUGAUCUAGCAAAGGAACUCGAGGAGAAGAACCAUUUGUUUCAGAUUCUUCAGCGGAAAAAGGAUGAAAUUGAUGAGAAAAAUCUGAAACUAAGGCAAGAGAACAAUGAGCUGCUGAUGCGCCUCUCUGAGAGCUCAGAUUAUUCUGCCCGGGUUGCUGUCCCACUGGCGCAAGUUCCAACUCGGCCUCCUGAAAGCGCAAACCUUUUGUUUGGGAACCCGUACUAUAACUCCCUAGAAACAAGUGCUGUGAACGUGCCCUCUGUGAAGAAAUGCCCCCUGUGUCAUGAGGUCUUUUCUGAUGACAUUGGGCCACGUCAGUACGAGGACCAUGUGCGAAGCCACAUUCUGGAUUGCCCGUUUUGUGACGAAACCUUUGGGGAUAAGCAGGUGUAUGAUGAUCAUAUGUACUGCCACAGCCUGGAAUAAUUCUUCAUUCUGCUUUGUGCUGUAUAGCAGGUGUAUAGCUCCUCUUUCAGGUGUGAUAGCACAGACUUGAUCAUAACCAAUACUGUAGGAAUAUAGAUUCUAGUAAAAUCACCCCAGCAAGGCUGGACUCGGCACCAGUACUGUAGUGCUAACCCAGGGGGCUCCAAUGCGGUGCCCGCGGGCGCAAUGGCGCCUGCCGGGGCAGUUGUGUGUGCCUGCAGGACACCGCCGCCAAAAUGCCGCUGCCGAGCGUGGCCGCCGGAGAACCGCCUGCUGAAAUGCCGCCGAGAAGCGUUGCCAUUUCUUGGUGGCAUUUUGGCAGCAACGCUUCUUUCCGCUGCCGUUUCUUGGCAGCAUUUCGGCGACAGGGUGUCUGGCGCCCACCGCAGUCUUCUGGGAAUAGGAAUGUGGUAUUCCCACAGAAAGUUUGGGGGCCACUGUGCUAACCCAUCUGUUCCAUGUUAUGUGACCCAUCAUCAAGCUGGGUCAAAUACCAACCAGUACUAUUGAAAUAAUCCAUCCUUGUCAGCUGUGUCCUUUAUCUUCAGUUAAAUAUGGGCACUGUUAAAGAGCUCAGUUCCUGUAACCAGUUGUUCAGAUCGAAUGCAAUACCAGUACUUCAGAACAAAGCUGUCACUGUGAUCCGUUGUUCUGAUCUAGUCAAGUACUGAUAUUGUAGAACAGCAGUUCCCAAUUGCCUGUGCUUUGCAGAACCCUCUCUGUUACAAUUGUUUUAUUCCUCAGAGCAGAGCUGAGACCACUAACCCUAAGGCCAAAAACAAUAUGCUGCCUUUGAGCUCAAAGUCCCAGUCUUGUUCACGGUUACCGGACUGCAGAUCUAGCUUAAUAAUAAAACUGAGUCCUUCCUUCACCCUUUGUCCCAAGCCAGUGAAGGCUUUACAUGUCUCAGGAAUGAGUUUAACCAUCUAUGUGCAUCCUCUAAGGAAACUGAUGGGGGGGAGCCUGAAUUGUUUCUCUGAUGUGCCUGUCUGACGCUUCUUGAUUCCAGGACAAAAGGAGCCUCUUCCGAGUGCAGAAUGCCAGUGUUCAAACCUGUCAAAUGCCUGGGGUGAUUGCACUGCUUUUGCACAAGGUUUAAAUUCUUUUUGUUGCCAUUUACAAUAAACAUUCUUUCCUCAAUGCAAACACAAGGGUAACGUUUAUUAUCCAACAUUGUUAUACUGUGCAUUAAUUUUGUGAUGAAUAUCUAUAGGGAAUCCUAAUAGGUUUUCAGAAUAGCCUGGUUCAGAUGAAGUUAAGAAUAAUGGAUACUUUAAGACAUUGCUUUAAUAUCUUCAAUGCUAAAGGCUUAAAUAAACUUGUAUCGAUCAACCUUUGAUUAAAACGUUGGAUUUCUUUUUUCGAUUAUGUAAUAAGGCUUUUAUUUUAUUCUUUAACUAUUAGCAGGCACUAUACAAAACCAUGUAACAGAGAAAUGGAAAAGGUGAAUAAACAAUAGCCGACAGAAACUA